CUCAGAUUUAACUGGAUCAUCUUACUUCUUAUCAUCCAGCAUGGCAGGUGUGGAUGAUGGAUGAUUAAUGCAGUCGGUGUCGGUGAUCGAUACGGCUGCUGUCAUUACCCCCCACGCAGAGUUGAGGGACUCUCGGACGAAUCAUAGAGACUAGCACUACAAGCACAAUGUCAGUCUCGUGUGCGGUACCCAGCUAUUUCUCUCCUUGCGAUGCACAACAGAUCAAGAUCCCAUGAUGUCGUAAAAGCGUCUGUUGGUCUCUAUUCGCAUUGGUUCAGAAUUCCGUCACACGUAAGACAAAGUGUCGCCAUACCGGGUGUCGGUAAUUCAUUUUAAAGCUUGCCAUGUAACAUGAGUCUCCAAUCUUCUUGGAAGUCCGGAUUACGCCUGCCAGACACGCUGCGGAGCAUAUGGAUAUAAAGCUGGGUUCAAUCUCCCAACUCUCGCAAGUAUUCUCCUCACAUUCGCAGUCGCCUAUAGUUCACAAACGCGAGCGCAGCAUGGAUUCAUCCACACCAACGCUACAAAGCCCGUCGUCAUCACAGUCAUGGCAGGUCCCUAAUCAACAACCAACGGAACUAGUCCUGCAGUCAUGUCUCCAGUACCUCGACCGCCUUGACAGCUUAGAGCGUCAUAUGCACGAGGAAAUACAGGAGAUCCGCAGUCACUUUAGAAACACCAUUGACAGUUAUGAGUCAAAUGCCACAAUGGCGGAUUCGGACGGAUGUGAUAGUGUUGUAGACUCACCACAAGCUGGACUCGAUGGCCGCAACGCUAUUGCUCGCCGCGGUUUACCGCUCCGUGGCACGUCCGAUUCCGUCCAUGAACCCGCUGCGCAACUCCUCCAGGACAUUAAUUUCGAGGAGCGUGUCCCAUCAAGUUCUUCAGUCAGACCCGACACACAACUGCCUGUUCCCGUUGUGCAGGCGAGCCAAGCCAAGGGCAAAGUAAAAUGCACUAGGGACGGGUGUUCGACACACCUCAACAAGGACAACCUCACUCGUCACAUUAACGAGGUGCACGAGGGGAAGAUUAGGGCUGUUUGUCCAAGUUGCGGACAGGGGUUUAAGCGCCCAAUUCUGAUGAGGGAGCAUGUCCUUCGGACCGGUCCGUUUCGGGGUGCUGAGUUAUACGAUCAUCACACUCAGGCUGCAGAGUUCGCAACAUAUACUUGACGUGUCUGCUGCCCAAAUAUGUGCUUUCAUGAUGUACUGACGCGAGCCACGAUCCUGUGUUUGACUCAUUCGGAGUCACUGUUCAAAGGUCCCCUACACAACCGCCUUCUACAAAGAUCACUUGCCCUGUCACAUGUCCCGAGAUCACAGAUGAAGACACUACCACUAUUUGGUUUGCAACGUCCAGAGGUGUCCCAAGCUUUUUCAACGGAGUGCUGAUAAAGAAGAUAAGCCACUAAGUAGGGCCUCUUGUACCAUCGGCGUCG